AUGCUUGUGAGUGGAGGCUCCGGCCAACAUGAGCCUCCCGAGCCCAGAGCGCGUCCACAGCAUCAGCCCAAACCCGCGUGCACCCUCCUCCCUUUCUCGCCUCCUCCCUCACUCCCUCCCUCGCUCCAUCUCUUCGUCCACGAGCCUCAGCCGCACCGACUCUCCCGCGCCAGCCAGGGGGACAGCUCCCGCAGUUCCCACGGUGACGGUUGCCGAGCGCCGGCCUGCCCCAUGGAGGAAGCCCAAGGCAACACGCUGGUUGUCCGCAUCGGCAUCCCCGACCUGCAGCAGACGAAAUGCAUGAAGUUUAACGUGGAGUCACCUAUCUGGCUGUCGAAACAGCGCAUCCUUUGUGCGUUGAACCAGAGCCUGAAAGACGUGCUGAACUACGGCCUGUUUCAGCCUGCAUACAACGGCAAAGCGGGCAAGUUCCUGGACGAACAGCGCACUCUGAAGGAGUAUCCACUUCCCACUGUCACUCCCAUACCAUACCUCGAGUUCCGCUAUAAGAGGCGUGUGUACACACAGACCCACUUAGAUGACAAGCAGCUGGCCAAACUGCAUACUAAGGCUAACUUGAAGAAGUUUAUGGAGUAUGUUCAGCAGAGGAAUCCUGAGAAGGUUUCAAAGUUUCUGGAGAAAGGCCUCGACCCAAAUUUCCAUGACCCAGAGACCGGGGAGUGUCCAUUAACGAUGGCAGCUCAGUUAGAAGGCUGUGCAGAGCUCAUUAAGGUGUUGAAAGGUGGAGGAGCUCACCUGGACUUCAGAACGAGAGAUGGCAUCACUGCUCUCCACAAAGCUGUGCGCACAAAAAACCAUACUGCUCUGAUAACACUGCUGGACCUGGGUGCGAGUCCGGACUAUAAAGACAGCCGAGGUUUGACUCCAUUGUACCACAGCUCCAUGGUGGGUGGCGACCCCUACUGCUGCGAGCUGCUCCUGCAUGAUCACGCUCAGGUGGGCUGUGUGGAUGAAAACGGCUGGCAGGAGAUCCACCAGGCCUGUCGUCAUGGCCACGUGCAACAUCUGGAGCACCUUCUCUUCUACGGAGCCAACAUGAGUGCGCAGAAUGCUUCUGGAAACACUGCCCUACACAUCUGUGCCCUCUACAACCAGGAUAGCUGUGCACGUGUUUUGCUGUUCAGAGGAGCGAAUAAAGAGAUAAAGAACUACAACAGCCAAACUGCCUUCCAGGUGGCUAUUAUAGCUGGAAAUUUUGACCUGGCAGAAAUAAUAAAAGUUCACAAAGCAUCAGACGUUGUGCCUUUCAGGGAAACGCCUUCCUACACAAACCGCCGGCGCGUGACAGUAGGAGGUGCCACUCUGACCUCAUCACGCUCCCUGCUUCGUUCCGCCUCCGACAACAACCUGAACGGGGCCGAGACGAGUACCACCCACUCUCCUGUGCCCUCUUUGCGCAGUCUGCCCCCUCUGGCACCCCCUGGAGGGGAGGCGGCAGCUGAUGGUAGCCUCCAGAGCACCGGCAGCUCCCGCUCCUCCCACUCACGCUCACCUUCUCUGCACCGCGUCAGCGAGGAACCUGACCCACACAUCCUGCGCAGACACCCCACAUACACACACGGGCGCGGCCGCCUCAGCCCUGGGACAGUGCAGCGGCAUGUCAGCCCUCCGCCCACCGGGCCCUCACACACACUUGCCGGCGCCCGAGGGCCCAAACGGAAACUCUACAGCGCCGUGCCCGGGCGCACCUUCAUCGUGGUUAAGCCCUACACACCCCAGGGAGAGGGAGAGAUCCAGCUGAACCGUGGAGAAAGGGUCAAAGUGCUCAGUAUAGGAGAAGGGGGCUUUUGGGAGGGCACAGUUAAAGGGAGGACCGGCUGGUUUCCUGCAGAGUGUGUGGAGGAGGUGCAGAUGAGACAGUAUGACCCUCGACUAGAAACAAGAGAGGAUCGUACAAAGAGGCUGUUCAGACACUACACUGUGGGCUCCUAUGACAACUUUACUUCCUACAGUGAUUACGUCAUCGAGGAGAAAGAUGCCAUGCUGCAGAAGAAAGAAAACGAAGGUUUUGGUUUUGUCCUGCGGGGAGCGAAAGCGGAGACACCCAUCGAAGAGUUUACCCCUACGCCCGCCUUCCCUGCACUGCAAUACCUGGAGUCUGUUGACGUGGAGGGCGUGGCCUGGAGGGCGGGGCUAAGGACAGGUGACUUCCUCAUUGAGGUGAACGGCGUGAAUGUAGUGAAGGUGGGCCAUAAGCAGGUGGUGUCUCUUAUCCGGCAAGGCGGGAGCAAUCUGCUGAUGAAAGUGGUGUCAGUGACACGCAAACCAGAAACUGAGGACGUGGUUAGGAAAAAGGCACCACCGCCACCCAAGAGAGCACCCAGCACCACGCUCACGCCAAGGUCCAAGAGCAUGACUGCUGAGCUUGAAGAGCUGGCAUCUGCAAGGAGGAGGCGAGGAGAAAGGCUAGAUGAAAUCUUGGCCUCUCAGGAGUCAACAAUGAGGCCGCAAGUGGAGGCAGACUACAGAGCAGCCACGGUGAAGCAACGACCAACCAGCCGCCGAAUUACACCAGCAGAAAUCAGUUCUCUUUUCGAGCGGCAAGGUCUUGCUCUCCAUGGUCCUCUUCACCCAGCGCUGGAAAAAGCUCAUAUUCAGCUGCCCAAAGGCAUGUCCAGAACCAAGUCCUUCGGAGCUACUGAGGAGGACCGUCUGUCUGCCCUGGCAGCGGAGCACAGAUUUCCACGGAGCUCCUCAAUGACAGAUACCCUGAGAGACAGUCACAGCAUUCCUCCUCCACCUCAGACAGCACCACCUCCUCCACCCUCACUCUAUUACCUGGACAUGGGGCCACCGCCACCUUUCUGCCCACCCCCUCCUCCGAGCCGUGUUCAUGACACCAGCCGCUCCAGCUUUAAGCCAGGCUCAGAGGCCCGACUGCAUGGCCUACCGCAGACCAUGUCCGCUGAGCUGUAUGAACCCCCACGUCACAGUGCUCACAUAGAUCGACAGAAGAAGGCCCGUUCCAUGAUUCUCCUGCAAGACUCGUCCCACCAUCCUGUAGAGCCCACAGACAUCACACGGCCAAGCCCAGCCUCCACCCCACCAGAGAGAAUCAAGCGCAAAGGACGCGUUAUCGACAACCCUUACGCUAAUGUGGGCCAGUUCAGCAUGGGCCUGUACACCCCACCACCCAGCAAGCCCCAGCGCAGGAAGAGCCCACUAGUAAAGCAAUUGCAGGUGGAGGAUGCCCAAGAGCGAGCCUCACUGGCACUGGCUUCAGCCCACUCCAGGGAGCAUUCACCCACAGGCCGACUGGCAGCUCACCAUACUAGCAGGGCAGAGUACUACCAGCAGCAACUGCUACACGAGCGCAGUCGAGCUCAACCUGAGGGUCUGCUACAGGGCAAAGGGCAUUUUGCUGCUGCAAUUGCUGGCGCUGUUAAGGACAGGGAGCAGCGCCUUGAGGAGCGGCGAAAAUCCACAGUCUUCCUGUCUGUGGGCACCAUGGAAGGCAGCUCAGCCCCACCAAUAGAAUCCCCUUUACUCACACAGUCUCAUUCUGUUGAUGAACGCUUGCUCACCAGUGAACUUGGUCAGCUGCCUCCACCUGCCCUGGCACUGCGACCCUCUCCAAGUGGCACAACUUUCAUCCACCCACUGACAGGGAAGCCCCUUGACCCCAACUCCCCUUUGGCACUUGCGCUGGCCGCAAGGGAACGGGCUUUAACUUCCCAGAGCCAAUCCCCUGCUAGCAGCCCUGAGCCUAGGACUAAGCAUGAGGUUGCUAGUGGGGUGCUGUUCAUGGACACCCAGACCAAAGAGGCUGAGGGCGAGAAGGACUUAGCAUCAUUCUCCUUUUCCCCUGGAGAAAAACGGAGCUACACAUCUACCCCCACUAGCAAGAUCUCAUGGGGGACACCAACAACCACAAGAAAAGAAACAGACCUGGGAACAGAUAAGAAAGAGGAGAGGAAAGUAGAAGACAAGAAGAGCAUGAUCAUCAGUAUCAUGGACACAUCGCAGCAUAAAACUGCUGGGCUUAUUAUGGUUCAUGCAACCAGCAAUGGACAGGCAGUAGGACUGAGCCCAGAACAUGUCUCCCCUCCUCCCAAAGGCAUCAUUUCAGAGACCCCAAAGUCCACAUUAGCUGAAAUCAAGCGGACCAAGUCUCCCAGCCCAGAAGCACCCUCCACCCCAACUCCAACCCCUGCCACACCCUCAACCCCCCAAGUACCCACUAGUCCUUCCUCAGAUAAAACAGCCCAGGCAUCCUCUAGCCAAUCUUCAGAUAAAACCCUGGCCCAAGGGAGCUCAGAGGAAGAUGUGGAGCCCUACUCUGUUACCUUACCACCUGCCAUGCUGUCCUCUAGUGAUGAGGAGACACGGGAGGAACUACGCAAAAUUGGUGUGGUUCCUCCACCAGAUGAAUUUGCAAAUGGUCUCCUAGUAAAGGAACCUGCAGCUCCUGCUACACCUUCAACAGCCAAACUAGUGACCCCCUCAGAACCAUCCCCAGUCCCAGGUCCCACCCCUCCAACUGCAGCUGCUACAGCAGCACAGGCCCCUGCCACCAGCGGCCCACCAGCAGCCUCAGGGAAGCCAUCUGAGCCCCACCUGGGCCCAGAGUCUGCUGCUGACUCUGGAGUAGAGGAAGUGGACACUCGCAGCUCCAGCGAUCACCAUCUGGAGACCACGAGUACCAUCUCCACUGUCUCCAGUAUGUCCACCCUAUCCUCAGAGAGUGGCGAGCCCACUGACACCUACACGUCCCAUGCCGACGGCCAGACCUUCAUCCUUGAUAAGCCGCCAGUGCCUCCAAAGCCAAAGCUCAAGUCUCAGCUCAGCAAGGGCCCAGUAACGUUCAGGGACCCCCUGCUCAAACAGUCCUCAGAUAGUGAGCUGCUCUCACAGCAGCAUGCAGCAGCACUGGCUGCUGCAACGGGGACCUCGGGCCCAACAAGACCCCGCUACCUCUUCCACAGACGCUCCAAGCUAUGGGGGGACCCCAUAGAACCCCGUCCACUUGCAGGCACAGAGGAAGGCAAACCCACUGUGAUAAGUGAGCUCAGCUCCAGACUGCAGCAGCUCAACAAGGAUACAUGCUCACUCGGUGAAGAACCGCUCAUAGGCUCACUCGACCCUGGACGCAAGUCACCUGUGGCUGGUGCCAGACUCUUCAGCAGUCUAGGAGAGCUCCAUACCAUCUCUCAGCGAAGUUAUGGCACCACGUACACCAUCCGACCAGGCAGCCGUUACCCAAUGACCCGUCGGACACCCAGCCCUGGCUCUGCUUCCCCAGAUCGUUCAGAUCCACUCGGACCCAUCCGAGGCUUCGGCCUGGCUACCUCGCCCACCGCGGCCCCCACCAUCCUAAAAUCCUCCAGCCUCAGCCUGCCCCAUGAGCCAAAGGAGGUGCGCUUCGUCAUGAGGAGCUCCAGUGCUAGGAGCCGCUCUCCCUCACCUGGACACUCCCCUGGCGUGCCCUCUCCACUCCUUUCAUUGCGCCCCUUCCACCAGAAACCCCUGCACCUGUGGAACAAGUAUGACGUGGGUGACUGGCUUGCCAGCAUUAAUCUGGCUGAGCAUCGUGAGCGCUUCCAGGAGCACGAGAUUGAGGGAUCCCAUCUCCCAGCCCUCACUAAGGAAGACUUUGCCGAGCUUGGUGUGACACGGGUAGGCCAUCGUAUGAACAUUGAGCGUGCUCUAAAGCAGCUGCUGGAAAGGUGA